UCUAUGUUAUUCUGGUACUAACCUGUUUGAGUAAAUGUGAAGCUCCAGUUCAAUUGCUUGUAUUCAGAGUCUUUCUUAUUACAUAAAUAAGUACUAAGUGUUAAGACACUACAAUGGCGACGAGGAUGAUUACCUGCAGUGUGCAUCACGAAUACAGAUGGAGUUCGUAGGAAGAGAGGAAGAUUUUGACUCUUUAGCACAACAGCUAGCAAGCAGUGAGGACGAGGGGAGAGCUGACGAGAACGAGGCGGCAGAUCAAAGACCCGUGGAGCCGGAGGUAAAGAGAAUGGUUAGCAUCGGGAAAAUAGAUGUGUUUGAUGACACGCAAGAAAACUGGGCAACUUACAUUGAAUAAAUACAAUACAGUUUUCAGUGAUCAGAUGGGAACAGUAAAAGGCUUCACAGCAAAACUUGUACUAAGAGAUGAUGCAACCCCAAAAUUCUGCAAAGCCAGAUCUGUUCCAUACUCCCUGAGACCAAAGGUGGAAGCGGAAAUCGAUCGCUUGCAGGAUACAGGGAUCCUGACGAAAGUGGACAGAAGCGAAUGGGCCACACCCAUAGUUCCUAUUGUGAAGAAAGACGGGUCUGUUAGAAUGUGUGGGGACUUCAAGGUAACUGUGAAUCCAAUGUUGCAUGUGGACCAAUACCCCCUACCACGCCUAGAUGACAUCUUUGCUGCACUAGCUGGUGGGAAACACUUCAGUAAAAUCGAUCUGAAACAGGCUUACCUGCAGCUACCGGUUGAAGAGAGUUCCAAACAGUACCUGACAAUAAACACACACAAAGGUCUAUACAGGUAUAACCGCCUGGUGUUUGGCAUUGCAUCAGCCCCAGCCAUUUGGCAACGAACUAUUGACCAGAUUUUGCAAGGAAUCCCAGGAACCCAGUGUAUCCUGGAUGACAUGAUCAUAACAGGACGCACCGACAAAGAGCACCUGGCUAACCUGGAAGAGGUCCUGAAAAGACUGAAAGAGUAUGGUCUACAGGCAAACUUAAAGAAGUGUGAGUUCUUCAAAGACAAGAUUGUCUUCUGUGGACAUGAGAUUGACUGUAAUGGAUUGCACAAAACACAGGACAAAAUCGAGGCAGUGGUACAGGCACCACGACCACAAAAUAUCACAGAAGUGAGAUCUUUCACGGGACUGAUCAAUUACUACAGAAGAUUCCUCCCAAACCUUUCAGCAGUACUCCAGCCUCUAAAUCAGCUCCUGGAAAAGAAUAGGACAUGGCGGUGGACAGAGCAAUGUGAAAAUGCAUUUCUGGAGGCAAAACGGCUCAUAACAUCUGAACAGGUCCUGAUGCAUUACGACCCUGAAAUGCCAGUGAAGUUGGCUUGUGAUGCGUCCCCUUAUGGAUUAGGGGCAGUCCUUUCACACACACUGAAAGAUGGGUCAGAGAGGCCAGUUGCAUUUGCAUCACGAACAUUGAAUGAUGCAGAGAAAAACUACUCACAAAUUGACAAAGAAGCACUGGCACUAGUGUGGGGCGUCAAGAAAUUCCACGCAUACCUAUAUGGCAAGCGUUUCACACUGGUUACAGAUCACCAGCCGUUGCUUUCCAUUUUCAGUCCAAAGAAAGGCAUUCCGGCAAUGACAGCAGCCAGGUUACAGCGAUAUGCCCUGUUCCUUGCCAGUCAUAUGUAUGACAUUGAGUUUAAGCCGUCAUCCCUCCACACAAAUGCAGAUGGAUUAUCAAGACUGCCAUGUACAAGAGAAAGGCAAAGGAUGGUGGAUGCAGUGGACAUGUUCCAUACCGCUCAGCUCGAGGCACUACCGGUCACAAGCACAGUUAUCAAACAUGAGACAAGGAAAGAUGUGACCUUGUCAAAAGUGUACACCUACACCAUGUCAGGAUGGCCAGCUACUGGCAGAAAGGAGCUGACUCCGUAUUUCCAGCGGAGAAACGAAAUUACAACGUACCAGGGAUGUUUGAUGUGGGGAAUGAGAGUCAUGAUACCCCAGAAAUGCCAACAUCGAGUCUUGCAUCAACUACAUGAAGGUCAUGUUGGAAUUGUCAAAAUGAAGCUGCUCGCAAGGAGCCACUUCUGGUGGCCAGGUCUGGACCAACAGAUAGAAAAUAUGGCAAAGAACUGUAGUGGAUGUUUGGAAACCCUUCACAUGCCUGCUCCUGUCCCAGUCCACCCAUGGGAAUGGCCCGCAGAGCCAUGGCAGAGAAUUCAUGUGGACUACGCUGGUCCGUUUGAAAAGCACAUGUUUCUGGUUAUAGUGGAUGCCCAUUCCAAAUGGCCAGAGGUGUUUUGCACUGACUCCUCCACCUCAGCUCAGACGAUAGAGUGUCUCAGAACAACGUUUGCAUGCUUCGGUUUGCCACUGCAGCUGGUAAGUGACAAUGCGCAAGCUUUUGUAAGUGACGAGUUUACAAGAUUCAUGUCAGUAAAUGGAAUCAAACACUCAACUUCAGCUCCGUACCACCCUGCCACCAAUGGGCUGGCAGAACGCUUUGUGCAAACUCUAAAGCAAGGA